AUGCCUACUGUACUUGUCGUCGGCGCCACCAGAGGACUUGGCCUCGAGCUCGUGAAACAGUACGCCGCACGAGGUGACACAGUCUACGGCACAGCACGUUCCAACAAACCACAGAAAACACCCAACAGCAUAAACUGGAUUGAUGGAAUCGACAUAGCCGAAGAAUCAGCCGGGGAGAAACUAGCAAAAUCACUAGAUGGCAGUCACAAGCUCGACAUUGUGAUACUCGCAGCUGGCUAUUUUGGCUUCGAAACCUUUGACAAACCCGACUUUGAGAAGGAGCUACUCAUGUACAAGACAAGUGCUGUUGGUCCUGUGUUCAUCGUUCAUCAUCUGUUCAAGGCUGGUCUAUUGGCCAAAGGCUCAAAAGUCAUCAUUGUCAGUUCAGAGUCGGGAAGCAUCACCCUUCGGCAUGAGAGCGAAGGAGGAGGCAACUAUGGUCAUCAUGCAAGUAAGGCUGCUUCUAACAUGGUCGGCAAGCUGUUAAGCUUGGAUCUGAAGGAGCAUGGUGUUGCCGUGGGCCUUGUUCACCCGGCCUUCAUGAGGACCGAGAUGACCAAAGGUGUUGGAUUUGAUAAGUACUGGGAUGCAGGUGGAGCUGUGACGCCUGACGUUUCGGCCAAAUCUUUGAUUGAGUUCGUGGACACCUUUGACAUCUCCAAAACAGGACAGUACUGGGCACCCCGAGGACCAGAUGACAUUGGAAAUGCAGAACACGUACUGGGCCCGAAAGAUCAGCUGUCGACACCACUCCAGCUUCCUUGGUGA